AUGAGUCUCAGAAGAAAAGAAAACGAAAGGAGUCAAUUGAGAGCAGAUGCCUUGCAAUAAUAGUUAGAUCAAAUAAGCAUUGAUAGAUAGCAGCCUCUGAUAAACAGUAUUCAGUCUCUAAAAAAUGAGUUGAAUUAGGUUAAAAACCAUAACUUACAGCUAAGCAAUAAACUUAAUGAAGCAAAUAAUGAAAAUAAUUUCCUCAAGUAUUAGCUUGGCCAAAAGUCUAUAGAUGAUAGAUCAACUGAAGUGAAAUCCCCUGAGAGGGAUACUUUACUGGUUUAAAGCUAAUAUUCGCCUGAGCGUUAGAUGAGAUCAUCAACAAACAAAUCUUUCCAUACUCCACACCAUAACUAUUCACUGGCUAUGCAUGAUCUGGGAGGUAAUACAAGCACAACAUAUGAUAGACAGUGGUAAGAUCAGUACCAAAAUGAGUCUAGAUAUGAACCAAUUACUGACUACUAAAAAUAUUAUAUAAAGGCAAAGGAUAAAACAAACUCUGAUUGCCUCUCAGCAGAGAAAACUAAAGCAACUAUUGAUCGUUCUUAUUAAGACAGACUUCUCAAAAGUAUUGAGAGGAAAGCUAUGAAAGACUUAAACGGAGUUAUGAAAUACCAUUAAGUUAGAAUUGAUCAUCCAGCUGAUGAUGUUUCCCGCAAGAAUUAACUUUAUGCUAGUGUUCAUGCUGACAGAGAUUAUGAUGGAGGGCAAUAUAUCAAAUUUCAUUCAGACUUACUCAGAGAAAAGAGAUCAUAACUAACUUCCCCUUAAAAGACACCAAGCAAUAGAAUGAAUAACAAUAUGAAGGAGCAAUACAUGGACUUUGUAGUUAAGAGAGAUAUCAUUAAAGGGGAUGACAGCGAUUUGAAUCAGAGUCCUUCAGCUGAGAAAAGUAAUUUCUUAACAUUUAUUAAUUGUUCUUAUUAGGAAGAAAACUUAUGCAAUAAAAACUCUAAGCUGACUUAAGUCGAAGCAGUUAGAAGUAAAGAGAAACCCCGAAUAGUAAGAAAAGUAAUGGAGGAAACAACAAUUACCAUACAUUUGAAAGCUUUGACGAAAGGUCAGCAUCAGCUUUUGCGACUUUGA